CUGCAGCCCUACAUGUGAAUUAAGUUGGAGUAAUAACAAUUUUUGGGCGCUUUGGAGGAGGAGCUUUCAAAGAGAAAAGCACCACAUCUGUUUUUUGGAUCAUGGUCAUGGAGAACAUGCAAAGGUCUGCGGUUCUGCUCUGUGUCUUGGCUGUGGGACUUGUUUUCUGUGGAAUUUCGUCUGCCUCAGACAGAUAUGUGUCUUUGAAAGAACACCAAACAGACAAUACCACCUUGUCAUCACACCUUCACCCCAAGCUAUACUUUGAUCAGACAGAGGUGCGUUUCAUGAAACAGAGGGCCACCACCACGCAUAGACACAUAUUCAAAGUGAUUCAAAAUGCUGUUUCUGUUAUGUUAUCCAAUGCAGCUGCUUACCAGCCUCCGGUGAACCACGAGGAUUUCGGAAAGAAAUGGAAUGAGAUUUAUGGCAACAAUUUGCCACCUCUUGCGCUGUACUGUCUGCUUCAACCUGAGGAUGCUGCCGCCUCUCAGUUUUUGAUUGAGUACAUGGACAGAAUGGUGGAGUAUCCAGAUUGGAUGGUGUCCAGUGCCCCAAAUGAUGAGGUUCCUAUUGCCCACUCCCUCACUGGUUUUGCCACUGCGUAUGAUUUCAUCUACACCUUUCUUAACACCCGCAGAAGAUUGCGAUAUCUCAAGAAAAUACGAUCUGUUACCGAGGAGCUUUUCGAGCUCUCCAAGCACAGAGGAUGGGGAAAACAGUUUCUACAGAACCACCAGACAACUAAUAUACUAGCCAUUCUCAUUGGCGCUCUUGUGGCAGGGGAACAUAAUGACCCAGAGACCAUGAUAUGGAAGCAAAUAUCAGUGAACUACAUGGAAAAGACCAUGUUCCUUCUCAGCCACAUUGUCGAUGGCUCUCUCGAUGAGGGUGUUGCAUAUGGUAGCUACACAGCAAAAUCCAUCACUCAGUAUGUUUACUUAGCGUUGCGUCAUUUUCAGAUAGACAACACGCAGAACAACUGGUUCAGAGCUCACUUCAUGUUUUACUUUGCAACUCUGCUUCCUGGAUUUCAACGAACGGUUGGCAUUGCAGACUCCAAUUACAACUGGUUCUAUGGGCCUGAAAGCCAGCUUGUAUUUUUGGAUGCAUACGUGCUCCGAAAUGGCUCGGGAAACUGGCUGGCAGAGCAGAUUAGGAAGCAUCGUCCUAAAGAUGGACCCAUGAUGCAAUCAGCAGCCCAACGCUGGGCUACUUUGCAUACAGAGUACAUAUGGUAUGACUCUGAGUUAAAUUCAUCGCCUCCGCCUGACUUUAACAAAGCAACCAUGCACGUUUUCUCCAACUGGGGUGUAGUGACGUAUGGGGCAGGGUUACCUCAAGCUCAGGGUAAUACCUUUGUGUCAUUUAAAUCUGGAAAAUUAGGAGGGCGAGCGGUGUACGAUAUUGUCCAUGCCAAACCUUAUUCUUGGGUAGAAGGCUGGACGAACUUCAACCCAGGGCAUGAGCACCCUGAUCAAAACUCCUUCACUUUUGCACCAAAUGGACAGAUGUUUGUUUCUGAAGCCUUGUAUGGUCCUAAAUACAGCUAUCUUAACAAUGUGCUGGUAUUUUCCCCCUCACCCACCAGCCAGUGUAAUCAGCCAUGGGAAGGACAGUUGGGGGAAUGUUCAAAGUGGCUACGAUGGGGUGAAAAGGAAGUUGGGGAAACCGCCGGGGAGGUCAUCGCAGCUUCGUCGCAUGAGGACAUGUUGUUUGUGAGUGGAGAGUCUGCUUCAGCCUAUUCAUCCGCCAUGAAGCUAAAGAGUGUGUAUCGGUCACUUGUGCUUCUUAACUCUCAAACAUUAUUUGUGCUGGACCACAUUGAGAAACAUGAGCACUCCCCUCUCAGUUCCCUCAGUGCGUUUUUUCACAACCUAGACAUCGAUUUCAGAUACGUUCCUCACAGAUCGUUUGGAAAAUACAAUGGGGCUCUGAUGGAUGUGUGGGAUGCACAUUACAAAAUGUUUUGGCUGGACAUGCAAGGAUCCAGCCCCGUUGCCAGGAUACAAGAGGCAGAACAGGCUGCGGAAUUCAAAAAGAGAUGGACGCAGUUCUUAAACGUGACCUUUCCAAUGGAGAACCCUGUUGCCAGAGUUGCUUACUUGAUGUAUGGCCCAUACGUCAAGGUCUCGGACUGUAGAUUCAUAGACAAGAGUAAAAAUGGAGUAAAGAUAUCAGUAACUCUUAAUGACACUGAGACUGUUGUAUCAGUUGUAACAAAUUACAAAGACAUUGAAGCUAGACACAGUUACUUGGGCUUUGCUGGCUUUGCUAAAACAGAAGACAAUCAAAGAAUAGUUCAGUUUGGCCAGGGAAUUCAAACUUUGCCAAGUCAAGUCACAAACGAUUUUGUGUUUGACUUUGGAUUGGCAGUAAACAUCUCUGUGAUACUGACUUUAUGUUUUGCUUUAGCUUUCAUAAUAAAAAAGAGGACAUUUCAUGUGUCGUUCAAAAUGCUAAUUCAUUGCACUCUGAUAUGUGUGCUGUUUUUGUGGGUGACUGAACUUUUGUCUGUUUUUUACGUCUGCGAACAGCUCUCGUGCAAAGUCAAAUCAAAAGACAGCAGCAUAUAUGAUGGAACAGACUCUAGCGUCCCUGACCUCCUCCCCGUCAUCACCAUCACAUCUAUGCCGGGCUCUGGCGCGGAGAUCCUUCAGCUCCUUUUUGAUAACAGCUCUGACUUUGUAUACCUCCGGAUCCCUUCCACCUACCUGCGGUUUCCUGUGUCUCCUUUUGUCUCUCUGGUGGACGCUUGCGAGUGGUCUGGAGCAGAUGCUCAAAAUGGACGAUUUCGAGUUAUUCAGGGAUGGUUCCACUCCAUAGUCCACAAUGUGAAAAUGCACCUGCAGAACAUUCAGUUGCACCAUAGCAAUGACGAAACAGGGAAUAAUGUCAAAGAGAAAGGACAAAGAAAGAGAAGAAUGCUGCUGUCAGAGCGAACAAGGACAGGAAGCAGAAAGCGUUUGGACAUCGGAUACAUACAAGAGCUCAGGCAGCACCUGGUGAAGUACCCAAAUGCCCGGCCGGUGCUGAGCAUGGGCAGUGGUGGCUGGUCCUUGAAGUUGCCGUAUCUUCAAGAGGUCAUAGGUCGCUCACUUCGCUCAGUUCAUGUAGUCAGAGACCCACGUGCAUGGAUUUAUCUAAUGCUCUACAGCAGUAAGCCAAGCCUGUACUUACGUAAGAAUAUUAAAAGGCACAUCACCAACAUUUUUAAGCAGAACAUUGAUGGUGUGGAUCAGGGCUGUUCUACAGUGGACUCACAGUUUCUUCCUUUAAAGAAGAUCCUCUCCCAGCCAGAUCCCAACCCUGUACAGCUGCUAGCUCAGCUAUGGCUGGCUCACAAUUCAGCAGGGCUCAAGGUGAGCGCAAACCUCCCCACACACACUUACUUUAUAGUCAAAUUCGAGGACGUUGUAUAUUUUCCUGAAAAGACGGCGAGAACGAUACAUAACUUUAUUGGAAUACCUGUUGCACCAGCUGCAUUAAACCAGCUGACAUUUGCCACGUCCACAAAUUUGUUUAAUCUGAUGUAUGAAGGAGAUAUAUCACCUGCCAAAAUCAACAUGUGGAAGACGAAUAUGGCCAUAGAUGAGAUUAAACUCAUUGAGGAUACAUGUUGGCCUGUGAUGGAGAAGCUGGGUUAUAAAAGACAUACAGUCAGUCAUUCUUUUUUGUAAAUGUGUUUGCCUUUUUCAUAUUGCACCAAAAGAUCACUUUUGGGGAAGUAUGUCAGUAUAUUUCCUCCAAAUGUUGCAUUUUUU